AUGGAGUUAAAGAAAGUGCAGCAUGUGAUCGAUGCUUUGUUAGACACUCCGCCGUCACACCCAUCACCUCAGCAGAAGAACACAGCUACAUUGAAAACAUCUCAAUCAACCUCGUCAAGCAGCCGAUCUGACCAACCCACACCACCUGGAACCACCCGAACACGGCCAGUCGACCAGAACCCCCAACCACGCAGCCGUCAGCAUCCCUCACUCCCAACACCGGUAGCAUCAGAUACCACUCGAGCACCUCGACAACCUCCUCCAGCCCCCUACCAGAACUUCCAACCCAUGCAAGCACGAAACCGUCAACAUCCGGCCUCGCUACCGAACCCGUCAGGCCCACCACUCACUCAGCAACGUUACCAGCAGACAACUGCCCCACCACCCGAUCAGCACCGCCGCAACUUCCCCAACUCCCCUUUCUACCGAAAUGCCCAAUCCCAGCCCCCAUCCACUCCUUUCAACCAACAAUACCGAAACCAGUACCCUCCCAUCAAUUCACAGCAACUAUCACACAGUAUGUUGAACCAGGAACCUCCAAGAGACUACAUUUAUGACCAACAACGUGCUCUAUUCAAUUCGCGCCAAAGAGCCUCGUACGCAUCUGCUCUAGUGAACCCUCCCACAUCCUCUCUAUACGACGAUUUAUACAUGUUAGGAUGUGAAAAUUGUGGAGAAGAGAACCACAGAGCCCGAGCAUGUCGACACGGAAUGCAACUCCAAUGCCGUUACUGCAUGCAAUACGGACACAAGGCAAAAAUAUGUCCGUUCUACUAUUAG